CAGAACUAUACAACAUUUAACAUUUAGAAUUAGGCUCCAAACUCUAUUCUUUGCACUGGGCAAAAUAGAUGGGCCAAGCCCAAAGUCUGAGAUUGUGGCUAGGAGGACAACUCCGACGUGGGCCGAGCUCAUUCACCAGAAACUGAUGGAGGGGCCAGAGAAGAACAGUAUUCUAUGGCAUGGAGAAUAGAAGAUAUAUACAGAAUGGAUCUCCCACUGAAUUGCCUGCCAAAUCAUUGGGGCCACAUGCAUCCCAUACCAUACAUUGUCUGGCGCUGCUGGUUGAUAGAGAGUGUCGGCAUUUUUAGACUCGUGUUGGAUUUCUAACAAAUACAAGCGUCAGAAAUGAUUUUGUUCGGCAUUAGCUCUCUAACACCAGCCACACCACUUUCCCUUCUUAAAUACACCUUCACAUCGUCCCUUUCCCCUCACCGCCGAGCACUCUUUCUUUCUUUCUUUACAGACUUCUUCUCAGACCUUUCUGAAAUAUUAAUUUAUCGAUUUACUAAAAAGAAAAUGGCCAUCAGAAAAUCGGGCAAGCUGCCGCUGCAAACGGCGGCGAUCAAGCAGAUUCUGAGGCGGUGUUCGAGCAUGGGGAGGAAGACCGCCGGCUACGACGGGGACGAAAUGUCGCCGCCGGUCGACGUCCCGAAGGGCCAUUUCGCGGUGUACGUCGGGGAGAAGAGGGUGCGGCACAUCGUCCCGAUCUCCUUCCUCAGCCGGCCGGAGUUCCAGUGCCUCCUCCGCCGCGCCGAGGAGGAGUUCGGGUUCGAUCACGACAUGGGCAUCACUCUCCCCUGCGAGGAACUCGCCUUCCGCUCCUUAACCUCCAUGCUCAGGUAGAAGCGCUUCCCGGCGGCGGCGGCGGCCUCUGCGGCGGUUUCCUUCUUUUCUUUUCUUUUUUUUUUAUUAAAAAAAAACUCAUUUUGGGCUGAUGCAUGUCCUCUAACCCGACCCGACCCAUGGCUUGUUUUUUUUUUUAUAAAAAAUGGGUUUGAAUUUGUAAUUCAAGAGAUGGAGGAGGAGUUGUGGUGUUGGGUUUUUCCACCGAGCGGCGGUGUGUGUGUGUUUUGUUCAUAGGCCCUUUGAUGAUUUGGAGAUCAACAAAACUAAUCUUUGAUU